AUGGUGAGCGACCCUGUUUCUGUCGUUGCUGCUAACAAACCUCAACAGUACACCCGGCAAGGAGGUUGCCCUCUCCCGACAAUAACUGCGUCACAAAGUGUAAUCAGGGUCCAGCGGCAAAAGUACAUUGACCGCAGUGAUCAGAAAUUCUGCGGACGAUCGGGGUUCUACGCGAGCAUCCACUUGCCGUCUACGGAGGUCAACCCUAUGCGCAAUAGCCCUGCGCCUUCUGGACAUGACAGCUUUGGCUGCGGAUACAUAAGCAGCCAAGCACCUUUUUUCCGAACAUCCACUUCAAAACGACCCCUAUUGACCCCGCAACAUCGCUCCGAUUCCCCUUUCCAAACCCCUUGUCUGGGAGGCCGGGUGGGGUCAGCGAUGAGGAGCGGGAUGACGCCAGACGUUAGGCAAACCCUGAUUGACAGCGAGCCCGAACCCGGCGUGGCUGAGAGCUUCAUCUCCUGGACGAGUGCCCGUCUUCCGCCCCCCCUCACGGUGAUCGUCACUUAUCACUACGCCCAGGAACUUCGCAUCACUUAG